AUGUAUGAGCGCGUCAGCAAGGAUCCAUGCCUGAUGCGCGGCCCUUUGCGGGAAGUCCUGGAUCCCGCGUGCACCUGCUCCGACGAGGAAGUCAGGAGGGCACUGGAGAGAGUUCACCUCACGGACCUCGCCGGGCAGCCCCAGAACAUAUUCAUGGAAGUGUGCGAAGGUGGCAGCAACCUCAGUGCCGGACAGAGACAGCUUGUGUGUCUCGCAAGGGCUCUGCUGCGAAAACCGCGGAUUGUUGUCCUCGACGAAGCCACGUCUCACAUGGACGGCGACACGGACAGGCUGGUACAGAGGGCAUUGCGAGAGGGCUUCAGGGAGAGCACGAUGCUCACCAUCGCACACAGGCUGGACACCGUGCUGGAUCACGACAGGAUCCUCGUGAUGGACGGAGGUCAAGUUGCCGAGUUUGGCCCUACUCUUGAGCUCGCAUUGAAUCGGUCUUCACGUUUUCUCGCCAUGCUUAAUAGAGCAGGACUGACUUCGGAAGAUGUCCGAAUAGCAUUGGAACGGAGAGACGCUGUCAGCACUAUCCUGUAAUUCUACUCAUCGAGACAAGACGGGAACUUUCGCAGGGACAAUUUUAACUUACCUUAGCAAGACAACGGCAUAGGCGGUAAACUGUUCUUUGUGUACCCUUGAAGCUUUCAUAUUUCGAGCCCAACAACCAGAAGACAGGCAGAGAAACGAGUCAUUUAAGGAGGAACCGUACUACCGACACAGACAGAGCACAGAGAAACAGAAGGGUGAAAGUCUUCAAGGAGCGCUGCAUUAGUUUUUUUCACAGUGCUCGACGAUCCCGUUUGAUUUUGAAUUGAAGUUACCAAUAAGCGUAAAUCAUAUCGUUUUCAACAACACUAGGCCAGCAGCUUCGCGAAGGUUUAGGAAAGCCAGAAACUCCACGCUACUACAGCCAAAUAAAAUAUCGGUGUAAUGGUACGAGGAGAAGCAACACAAGCGUAUACUGAUGAGUACGACGAAUCAUUCGUGGGCGACGACUAAAAACUUUUGUUGGUUGUUGAUCUCAACGCAAAUAAUAAACGAUAAAUUACGUUUUUAAAUCAUCUGUUCAUUUUGACAUGCUUGAGCUUAUUUAAUACAUUUAGGUACCUCGCCUCGUUAUAAUCUCCAAAAUAAGAGAGUGCAGUGUGUUGGGAUCAUCGAUCGAGGUGGGGCCUUCGACUGCCCAUCAUAUUGCCGCAUCGGCAGCCGCUGCCAGGUGACAAGACUGCAUCCAUGGCGCUGGCUGACUGGUCCCAUGCUGUGCGCACGUUGGCGCGAGCGUGGCCGUGGCAUCACCAACCGACGCCAACCACAGUUACGAGGAACACUGUCGCGCGCCCGCGCAGCAAUCGCGCGUGCACGAUAGGUCUGUCGCACCGACAGGUUGGAUAACUGCGGUUGUGUUGGAACGCUUGUCCUGACAUUUUCUUAGUUUGUCAAUUUUCUUUUGGCUUUUUUUUAAUAAACGUUUCGUUGUUGCAA